GCGGGCGUCGGGACUCGGAGCAUUGCCGAAGGAGCGGUGAACUCUGCCUGCCUGCCUGCCUUGCUAUAUCCAGCACUCCGCGCACCCCAUAACCGAGCAGACACCACAAUGGCAUCCCCACGAGUCGGCGGCCUGUCGCAGGAAUUGAAGCCCGCCGAUGCCCAGGUGCAGGAAGUCUGCGAGAAGGUCCGCUCCGAUGUGGAGAACAAGCUCGGCCAGAACUUCGAGGAGUUCACGCCCGUCAGCUACAGGACUCAGCUCGUGAACGGCACGAACUACUUCGUGAAGGUCCGCGUAGGCUCCGACCAGUACGUCCACGUCCGGGCCCACAAGAGCUUCCAGGGCGAUGUCACCUUCGCCGCCGUCCAGGAGAACAAGUCGCUCGAAGACGAAGUGGAGCACUUUGCCUGAGCGACUACAUGCGUACUCUUCCAAGGAAACGCAACACCGACUGUGCUCACGACGUCAGUCCCGGAGCCACGGUCUCAACGUUUUAGCAUGCGCUGAAUCGGUCCCUUAAUUGUGACGCGGUAUAAUGAAAGCAGCCAUGGCGGCGAAAUUAAAAUCACCGCUAUAGGCUCAGAUAUUUCGUCUGUAAACAAGUAUGCUAGUCACUUAGCAGCGCGGUCUGCUUACUGUUACGAGAACGGUUAUCCAACGAUAUUAUAUAUAUAUGAAGAAAAAGACUGUGGACACGUGUGAAUAAAAUAUUGCCUUAAAAACAA